GGCAACACUCUCAGUGUACUAUGCGCGGUGUCAAACUACAGCUGCUCUUGUCUACGGGAUUUCUUUCGCAUGUCGUUUUGGCUAUUGUCGAGGACAAUGAGCUAGUCGGGCCGCCUAGCAUACAAUGCAAAGCCGGAGCGAUUGAAAUGCGUUUUAGGACGACAAAGUUAUUCAAUGGCAAAGUCUACGUGAAGGGCAAUUAUAAUCGCCCUGAAUGUAAGGUGGAUUACAGUGCGGAAGAAAAUGGAGGUGUACGAGAUGGUGAAAUACGCAUAGCACAUGGUUCGUGCAAUAUGGAUCGACAGAGAACGCUAUCGCCUUAUGGUGUAAUGUUCUCCAUCGUUUUUGUAAUCAGUUUUCAUCCGCUGUUCAUCACAAAGUACGACAAGGUCUAUAGCAUACGGUGUAUGUACCACGAAGUUACGCGAACUGUAGCAACAAGGCUUGAUGUAAGUAUGAUACCCUCAGAAGCGAUGAGAUACGAUGCUCCUAUACCUACAUGUUCUUAUACCAUACGGAAGGAUAAUCUGGAUGGACCUGUUUUGUCCUAUGCAAGGGUAGGAGAUCAAGUGGUUCACAGGUGGAAUUGUGAUUCGGAUGCAUUUGGUAUUCUCGUCCAUAGUUGCACUGUCGAAGAUGGCCAGGGCGAGAAAAGAUUUAUUAUUGACGAAAGCGGAUGCCAUACUGAUCGUCAGCUCAUCGGUGAUCCAACAUAUGCUGAAGCACUGAAUAUGGCUUAUCGUGAAUCUUAUGUUUUCAAAUUUGCCGACAGAAGCGCGCUGCGGUUCAAAUGUGGAAUACGCCUUUGCCAGAAAAACGAUGGUGGUUGUGAAGGUAUUACGCCUCCUACAUGUAUCAAUCACACGCGCCUUCGGGAUUUUGAAUUCAACAAUAAUAUGAUUGAUGAAAAGAAUUCGAGGCUCCGUCGCGCGACAACGCCUUUCCCAGAAAAAGAAGUGGAUUUGUUGUCGCAAAGGCUUUACGUCCUUGAUCAUGGCGGAGAAGAUUUAGCGCAACUAAAGCAAUACGAAGCUGAAGCUGGAAGUUCUCAGACUGUGUGCCUUGGCCUUCACAGUUCCGCAUGGACGACCUACAUCAUCGCUACCGGUUUCAUUAUAUCGGUAACCUUUGCACUUGUGCAAGGGCAAAAAACAGCAGCCGUCCUAACAAGCUUGGAUGCAACAUGGGGCCAACACUCUGAAUCAGCUUAG